CAAGUUUUUAUUUAUUUAUAUAUUUGUGAAAUUUAAAAUUUUUGUGGCAAUUCAUUUCCAAAAUUUCGCUAAGAUAUUUUGUUGUUUGGUAUCGGAGUAGAGAAAAUUUAUCAUUCGCAAACCAAAUUCACAACGUAGUUGCUUGUUGUCUGGUGGAAAAUUUAAUACUUUUGGCGUUAGUUUUGAUAUCGAGUAAUGGCAAACAUAAACAAAGUCGAAAUCGCCGAUGAUGUACCAGAAAUUGGGAAAGCCGUUCUAGAUGAAUCCAGUGUCACUAUGCUUGAUGUCUUGGAAGAAGAAAAGGAAUUGGAGGAGGAAUAUGCAGCUGUAUUGGGCGCAUCUGACGAGAAGGCCUGCACGUAUGCUCAGGGCCCUGUUAAACGCCAAGCUUUAUAUUCAUGUCUGACAUGUUGCCCAGAGGCUCGCAAUGAUUUGACUAAAUGUGCUGGCAUCUGCUUGGCCUGUUCGUAUCAGUGCCACGAAAAUCAUGAAUUGGUUGAAUUGUAUACCAAAAGAAAUUUCCGUUGCGAUUGCCCGACGGAAAGAAUGGGUAGCUCUAACAGAUGUCGUCUAAAUCCUAGCUUGCUACAGCCUGUGGCCAUUAAUCAAAAUAAUUUGUACAAUCAAAACUUCCAAGGACUUUAUUGUAAUUGCCAUCGGCCUUAUCCGGACCCAGAGCGCACAUCAGAGGAGCUUAUGUUGCAGUGCGGGAUAUGCGAAGAUUGGUUUCACUUGCAUCACAUUGAUGGUCCAGCAAACUCUCAGAGACUGAUGGAAGCAUCUAGUGAGAUGAUUUGCAGUGGCUGCAUGGACAAACACGAGUUUCUCCAACACUACACAGGACUAUCGUUGAAAUCAGUGAAUAAUUUGAAUGAGUCAGUAGCUGAUGGAAACGUGACAAUUGCCGAAGAAGUAUCAGUAUGUGAGGAUAACGAUAACAAGUUGAAGAGUGAUUUGGACAAGAGUAUUUCGGAAAUAAUGAAUAUGGGAGAAGCUGACGAGAAAACAGACACAGAUAAUGAGCCAUUAUCUAAGAAACCUAAAUUGGAGACCGAAGAGCAGAAAUCAAAAUGCACGCGUCCCAUCGAUAAGGGGAAUUACGAGAAAGGACCUACAUUCUGGGGUACAGACUGGAGAAACUCACUUUGUCGUUGCCCGUCUUGCAUGUUGGUUUACAAGAAGGAGAAAGUUGAAUACCUUCUCGAUUCUGAGGAUUCGGCUAAGAGUUACGAAGAACGUGGUAUGCAAAAGGCCGCUGCUGAGUCAUCCUAUGAGCAGGGUAUACGAGCUUUGGCUUCAAUUGAUCGUGUACAACAAAUUGAUGUAAUUACCGAAUAUAACCGGAUGAAAGACAAGUUAAAGGACUAUUUGCAGACAUUUGUUGCUAGCAAAAAAGUUGUUACUGAAGACGAUAUAAAUCGUUUUUUUAGCGAAAUUCGUAAUGAGAAGAACGUUGAGAUUGGUGUGCCACAUUUUUGCCGUUAAUGCAUGUAAAACAAUUAAAGGACAUAUUUGUUAUUUUGAGCAUACAUACAUAUUCAUAUACAUAUACAUCUAUUCAAUUUUAUUUUAAUUUGUUCUUUGUUAUGGUUAUUGUCUUAGCAUGUGUAUUAUAUGACAUUCCAAAAUUUCAUUCAAAUAGAUUAUUCAUGUAAAGAACAUUCGCUAACACGUGAAUGGUCUAGCGCCGCAUUCGUAAAAUAAAGAACAUUUUUGUAAUAUUUAUGUUAUUUUUCAUGUAAACAUUAAAACAAUUAUUUCUUUCAAUAAAUCAAUUUUCUGUA